AUGCUCUCAAAUGCAGGAAAAGUCUUCCAGGAGGGGAUUGGAACGUUGAAGCACAUGAAAGCACAGAUUGUGUUGGAAGAUGAGGCAGUCCCCAAAUUUCAUAAAGCUCGACAGGUACCGUAUGCCCUUCGUCCGAAAGUCGAGAAUGAGCUCCACAAACUGGAAAACGAGGGCAUAUUAUCCAAAGUUGACUGGUCUGAAUGGGCGACGCCUAUAGUUCCAGUAGUGAAAGGAAAUGGCUCGGUACGUAUCUGUGGGGAUUUUAAAGUAACCAUCAAUCCAGUCCUGAAAGCUGAACAAUACCCCUUACCGCGUAUUGAUGACAUAUUUGCAGCACUGGGCCAGGGUAAGCGGUUCUCAAAGAUUGAUCUUGCACAGGCGUACUUACAGAUGGAGAUGGACGAGUCUUCUAAAAAGUACCUGACGAUCAACACCACAAAAGGUCUCUAUCAGUACAACCGCCUGGUCUUCGGCAUUGCCUCAGCUCCAGCAAUAUGGCAGAAGGCCAUGGAACAAGUUCUGCAAGGCAUACCAAAUACACAGUGCUAUUUGGACGACAUUGUUAUUACCGGAAUCAAUGAUGACGACCAUCUUGCAAACCUGGAAAAAGUACUCAAGAGAUUGGAAGAUUUUGGAUUACGGGCCAACAAAGCCAAGUGUGAGUUUUUCCAGGAUACCAUUGAAUACUGUGGUCACAAAAUUGACAAAGAUGGACUACACAAAUGCAAAGACAAAAUUGAUGCUGUCUUACAGGCACCGCCACCACAGAAUGUUACUCAAUUGCGAUCAUUCUUAGGCUUGGUCAAUUAUUACCGUAAAUUUCUGCCUAAUCUCUCAGCAGUGCUACACCCAAUGAACUGUCUACUCCAAAGUGGGACUAAAUGGCACUGGUCUAAAGAUUGUGAAAAUGCCUUCAAGCAAGCGAAGCAGCUAGUCACGUCAGACAAUGUGCUAACACAUUAUGACCCCCAGUUGCCACUGAAACUUGCUUGCGAUGCUUCCCCAUACGGGAUUGGAGCAGUGCUAUCACACAGGGUUGCUGAUGGAACAGAGCGACCAAUAGCAUUUGCCUCGAGAUCUUUGAAUGCAGCAGAACGCAACUUUGCGCAAAUUGAUCGAGAAGCUCUUAGUUUGGUCUGGGGAGUGAAGAAGUUCAAUCAGUACUUGUACGGAAAACACUUCACGCUUCUUACAGAUCAUAAACCGCUAGUGUCAAUUUUCAACCCAACUAAGGGGGUUCCAGCAAUGGCUGCUGCACGUCUACAACGGUGGGCUUUGUUUUUGGGUGCUCACACCUACAGCAUUGAAUAUAAAGGCACUCUUCAGCAUGGGAAUGCUGACGGACUUUCCCGGCUGCCGCUACAACCGCCACCGCCGGAAAACACCAAAGAACUCGUGAACAUGUUCCAUAUGGCACAAGUGGAUCCGUUACCAGUCACCAGUGAGGAAAUCAGGCUUGAGACAGGCAACGACCCUAUCUUGUCCAGAGUAUAUGACCUAACUCUGAAAGGUUGGCCAAACAAGGGUGAUUCAUCAUUGCCAAGCUAUUCCAGCCGACGUGAACAACUUACAGUGAACCAGGGAUGCAUCUUGUGGGGAGCGAGGGUGAUUGUACCGCCGAAGCUGCGUUCCAGGGUUCUGACUGUACUGCACGAAGGACACUUAGGCGUGGUGAAGAUGAAGUGUCUGGCCCGAAGCUUUGUAUGGUGGCCUGGAAUUGAUCAGCAGCUGGAAACAAUGGCCAAGACAUGUAGCGGGUGUCAACAGACUCAGAAGUCACCAUCAACAGCACCAUUACAUGUGUGGGAAUGGCCUUCGAAGCCGUGGCAACGGGUGCAUAUUGAUUACGCAGGACCCUUCCUUGACCGCAUGUACUUGGUUGUGGUUGAUGCUCACUCAAAGUGGCCUGAGGUUUUCUGCACAAAGACCGCAACCUCGGCAAAGACUGUUGACCUCUUAAGAGCCUUGUUUUCACGCACAGGUCUACCACAUCAAAUCGUAAGUGAUAACGGAACACCUUUCACUUCCGAAGAGUUCCAGUGCUUUGUUAGGAAGAAUGGCAUACAACACACCACCGUUGUGCCAUAUCACCCAGCCUCAAACGGACAAGCGGAACGCUUUAUCCAGACUUUCAAGCAGUCCAUUAAGGCCAUGGACAAAGACAGUGGGUCACUACAGCACAAGAUGGCAAACUUCCUGUUGGCUUAUCGUAACAGUACACAUGCCACAACUGGACAGACUCCAGCCAUGCUCUUUCUAGGACGAACACUGAGGUCACGAUUGGACUUAUUGAAGCCCAACCUACACCAGCAUGUGCAGCGGAAACAGUCUAAGUCUGCCCUACGCUCAAACAUGCGACCUCUGCGCACCUUCCGUGUUGGACAGCGUGUACUAGCCAGAGACUAUCGGAACAAUACACAGAAAUGGCAGUCAGGCACCAUUACAUCACAGACUGGACCAUUAACAUACACAGUCGACAUCGGCCAUGACAUGGUAUGGCGUAGACACGUGGAUCAACUGUUGGAUGCAGCUGGGCCGACAACAAUGGACGCAGACCCUACAUCUUGCUCUGAUGGCCCUGAGUUGAAUGAUCCAGAACCAGACACCGCCGACAUCUCUGGAAACACUGAAGAUGGCUCUGGGACUGAUACACCUGUUGUUCAAUGCCCUACUGCAAGUGUCACCCCAGUACCUGUGAGGCGUUACCCAGAGAGAAUCCGUAGACCACCUGAGAAACUCUCAACCCUCCGACUGAGGACAUGUGAUUAG